ACUCUUUCUCUUUCUCUCGCCGCGGUUUCCCUUCUCAUCUUCUUCCUCUUGCUUUCUCUCUCUAAACAACUGCCCUCUCUCUCUCUCUCCUCUUUCACCAUGUGAGGCUAAGCCCUAAAACCCACUGUCAUGUCUCUUCGCAGAUCGUUUCUCUCUCGGAAGUUUUCUUCCAAGUCGUCGUUUAGAGAUCCGAAUGGUGUAGAGGGAAUUGUUCGAGUGGCCGUGUCGGAGGUCGAAGGUGCCUCCGGUCUGCCCGGCGGGACUGAUGGCGACUUGAUGCAGGGUGAAUCUUCUUGGUCUUCUAUGCUACCGGAGCUUCUCCGGGAGAUUAUUCAGCGGGUUGAGGCUUCUGAGGACGGUUGGCCCAACCGCCAAAACGUUGUUUCCUGUGCUUGUGUCUGUAAACGCUGGCGGGAUAUUACUAAGGAGAUCGCCAGGGGUACCCCUCAUUCCGGGAAGAUUACUUUCCCUUCUUGCCUCAAACAGCCUGGACCAAGCGAUCUUCCACAUCAGUGUCUUAUAAAACGGAACAAGAAGACUUCAACGUUUUACCUUUACCUUGCCCUUACACCAUCUCAUUUAAGGGUUAUUUCCCCUACUCCAGCAUUUACAGAUAAGGGAAAGUUCCUCUUAGCUGCACGGAGAUAUAGGCAUGGUGCUCAUACCGAGUAUAUAAUAUCUCUUGAUGCUGAAGAAUUAUCACAAGGAAACAAUGCAUAUGUGGGGAAGUUAAGCUCCGAUUUUCUUGGCACCAAUUUUACUAUUUAUGAUAGCCAACCACCACACAAUGGUGCAAAGCCAUCGAGCAGUAAAUCGAGCCGCCGCUUUGCAAGCAAGCAAAUCAGCCCACAAGUGUCUGCAGGUAACUUCGAGGUUGGGCAAGUCUCCUACAAAUUUAAUCUUUUGAAAUCAAGAGGUCCGAGGAGGAUGAUGUGCUCUCUAAAGUGCCCAGUAUCAGAAGAAUCUGUAACCAGCAAACCCUGCGAGAACUCGAUGAUGAAGAAAUCUGAGUCUUUUUCUUCCUCAUCAGGGUCAACAAUCUUACGAAACAAGGCUCCUAGGUGGCAUGAGCACCUUCAAUGCUGGUGCUUGAAUUUUCACGGUCGGGUGACAGUAGCAUCCGUUAAAAACUUUCAACUUGUUGCUAGUAUUGACCAUAGCCAGCCAGGAGGAGGUAAAGGGGACGAAGAAACAGUUCUACUACAGUUCGGAAAGGUAGGCGACGAUACCUUUACUAUGGAUUAUAGACAGCCAUUAUCAGCUUUCCAGGCUUUCGCCAUUUGCCUUACGAGCUUUGGCACGAAGUUGGCAUGCGAGUAGUAGUAGUAGUACAUUGUGUACCAAAAUUUGUUUACUUGAGAAAACGGUGGCUCUAUUGAGACAGGCUUUCCUCUGUACAUGGUGUUAUUAUGGUGGAAUUGUGACCACUUGAAAAUUGAAGUUCAGAGCAACAAAACAAUAUUGUGUGGUGCUAGCAAGCGCUAUGGCUUCUCUAAAUCUCUAUGUAUAUGUGAUAUAUAUAUAUAAAUUACAAAGGAUGAGAAUUGUUGAUUCAUCUCAAUGUUUA